CCUGUGCCAACAGCGCUGGCUCAGGUUGACCGGGAAAAGAUCUAUCAGUGGAUCAACGAGCUGUCCAGCCCCGAGACGCGGGAGAACGCGCUGCUAGAGCUGAGCAAGAAGCGUGAGUCUGUGCCUGACCUUGCCCCGAUGCUGUGGCACUCGUUCGGUACAAUUGCAGCCCUCCUGCAGGAAAUUGUAAAUAUUUAUCCAUCAAUCAACCCUCCAACUUUGACAGCCCAUCAGUCCAACAGAGUCUGCAACGCUUUGGCUCUACUACAGUGUGUUGCAUCGCAUCCUGAAACGAGGUCAGCUUUUCUGGCAGCUCAUAUCCCGCUUUUCCUGUACCCCUUCUUGCACACGGUCAGCAAGACACGUCCAUUCGAGUACCUGCGGCUCACGAGCCUCGGGGUGAUUGGGGCCUUGGUGAAAACUGAUGAGCAAGAGGUGAUAAAUUUCUUACUGACAACAGAAAUUAUCCCCCUCUGCUUACGCAUUAUGGAGUCUGGCAGUGAACUCUCCAAAACGGUUGCUACAUUUAUUCUUCAGAAAAUCCUCCUGGAUGACACAGGGCUAGCAUAUAUCUGUCAGACUUAUGAGCGGUUUUCCCAUGUUGCCAUGAUAUUGGGUAAAAUGGUCCUGCAGCUCUCCAAGGAGCCAUCGGCGCGGCUACUGAAACAUGUCGUCCGCUGCUACCUUCGCCUUUCCGAUAACCCCAGGGCACGUGAAGCUCUCAGGCAGUGCCUUCCUGACCAGCUGAAGGACACCACCUUCGCCCAGGUCCUCAAGGAUGACACCACCACAAAGCGCUGGCUGGCUCAGCUCGUGAAGAACCUGCAAGAGGGUCAAGUCACUGACCCACGGGGCAUCCCCCUUCCUCCGCAAUGACUGCUGGGGGAGGUGGGGGACUGGGGAAGAAACAGCUCAGGUUUACAAAGAACCAGGAACAGGUGACCUCUUCCGCAAGAAACGGCGUGCCAGCUGGCUGCUGGCCUGUCGGAUCAUCCCACCCAGCCUAAGGGCUGCUCUGUAGCAAUGCAGCACCGCCUCCAGGGAUUGCAACACCAGCAAAUGCUGAUACUACAGCUU